CAAUUCUAUAAAAAUAAAAAAGAGUUCGAAACUCAGUAUCAAAAACACCCCGUGCUGGCUAUUAACUUAUUCGAUCCCUUCUCUCUUCUUCCAUUCUCUCACUUUCUCAGCGCCCAAACAAACCCCAAAUGCAAAACACUUGCAGUUUGAUUUUAAUCUUGUAAAAUUGUCACCAUAAUCUUUCCAGUCUCCUGAAUUGAAGAAGAGCAAAAAAAUGUCAUGGUCAAGCCUCGCUAGAGCGACAAGAAGAGCAACAAAUCGCAAUCUCUUGCUUUCUCAAUUCAAACCUCUACACCAAAAUCACCACCCUUUUCAGCAACCCAUUUACAAUAAAAGUAGAUGUGAAAUUAAGAAGCUUUUUUCUACUUCUUAUAAAGUGGGCGGUGGUUCUGCUGCUAGUAGUAAUACGAGUAGAGAGCAGAAAUCAAAAAAGACGUUAAUUUAUUUGACGGGUUUGGUGGUUGCCAUGGUUGGUAGUAGUUAUGCUGCUGUUCCUCUUUAUAGGAGGUUCUGUCAAGCCACUGGUUAUGGCGGAACUGUUCAACGCCGCGAGAGUGUUGAAGAGAAGAUUGCUCGGCAUGCUAACGAUGGAACUGUUGCCACUAGGGAGAUAGCAGUGCAGUUUAAUGCUGAUGUGGGUGACGGAAUGCCAUGGAAGUUCGCUCCUACACAAAGAGAGGUAAGAGUAAAGCCAGGAGAAAGUGCUCUUGCAUUUUACACUGCUGAAAAUCAAAGCUCCACUCCAAUAACUGGUGUAUCUACAUAUAAUGUUACUCCUAUGAAGGCUGCCGUGUACUUCAAUAAAAUACAAUGUUUUUGCUUUGAGGAGCAGCGUCUUCUUCCUGGGGAGCAGAUUGACAUGCCUGUCUUCUUUUAUAUUGAUCCAGAAUUUGAAACGGAUCCUAGAAUGGAUGGAAUCAACAACAUAAUUUUAUCGUAUACAUUCUUUAAAGUUUCAGAGGAGUAACCUUGCCGAUGCUUUUGCAUGCCAUCACCAAGACAUCCUCGCAGUUAAAAACUUGGGGGGGCUUAGCCGGCGUAUCCAGUGAGUGUUACUGCAUACCUGCUCUGAACUUCCAGCGGGGGUAUGGCGGUAAAGCUUAUAGGCUUGUUUACGAGAUUUAUUCAAAUGUACGGUUCUUUCUAGUGGAACAACCUGAGAUUUACUCCACAGAAAUAAAUUCAGAAGUUGGUUUACUAU